AAGAAAAUUCGGGAAAGUUGAAAAAUUUAUGAAAAAAAAUAUUUAAAAGCUCCACAAUUCUCCUAUCUUGCCAUUAGUUUUGCAUUAAUAUUCUAAGAGAGCAUACUUGAAAUUAGAAAAAAUAAGCAAAAAUGUCUUUAGAACGUGCAGUUAGAGCAAAAAUCGCUUCAAAGCGUGAUUUAGCUAUGGACAAAGAAGCUCAAACCUGGGUUGAAAAUAUCCUUGAAUGGAAAUUUCCAGCUGGUCAAGAAUAUGAAGAAGUCUUAAAAGACGGACAAGUCUUAUGCAAACUAAUGAACAAAUUGGCACCAGGAUCCAUUCCAAAAAUUAACGAAUCCGGUGGUCAAUUCAAAAUGAUGGAAAAUAUUAAUAAUUUCCAAAAAGCAAUUAAGGAUUAUGGUGUAGCUGAUGUUGAUGUAUUCCAAACAGUUGAUUUAUGGGAAAAGAAAGAUAUUGCAACUGUAACUAAUACACUUUUUGCUCUUGGACGUCAAACAUAUAAACAUCCAGAAUGGACUGGACCAAAUCUUGGACCAAAACCAGCUGAUGAAUGCAAACGUGAUUUUACUGAAGAACAACUUAAAGCAGGUCAAACAGUUAUUGGUCUUCAAGCUGGCCAAAAUAAAGGUGCAACACAAGCUGGUCAAAAUAUUGGCGCUGGCCGUAAAAUUUUGCUUGGAAAAUAAUUUUUUUUCUAUUAUUACAAUUUUAUUUAUAUAUAUUUCUUAAAUGUAAAAAAAAACAAACAAUUUAAUGUAAUAUAUUACUAUUAUUAUUAUUACUUAAUAUUAAAAAUAAUUUUUAAAUAUAAUUUUUGAUACAAAACUAGUUUUAAAGAUCAACAAUUUUUGGUAUUGGCAAAAAAAAUUAAAAAACAAAACCAACUUCAAA